AUGUCUGGUUCCAAGGCUGCCGCUCCUCAGGAUGCUCGCAUCAAGAGCAUCCUUGAGCAGGGUGCUGUCAAGUUCGUCAUCAAGACCAAGGACCAGAAGUGGCAGGGCACCCUCCUCGACCGUGCUACUCACGAGAAGAAGAAGGCUCAGAAGGAGGGCUCUUCGGCUUCGUCCAUCUCCGACUCCGAGUCCGGUAGCUCCGCCUCGAGCAGCAAGUCGCACUAA